CACACCCUCCCAGCGCGUCUAUAAUCGUUUUUUUCUCUUUGGGAAAAAGCAGCAGCCUGUGCUCCCUCCCUCCAACCACGCAGAACAAACGCUAUAUUCAUCUGCUCCAGCUUGCAGUUGCUGAAACUCCUCGCAGGAACUCCUGGGUACUUUUCCCCACCGUUUGAGUGAGCUGCUGAACACAAUGCCAUUCAUGCCACGGGGCGAAAACAGGCGAAGCGCCUGCUCUGUGAACCCAAUAAUGUGGAGAACAUGCAGUAUUUUUUGCGCAUGGAGUCUACUGUUCUUGUCAGAGGUCUGUGCGCAGACUCAGCAGAGACCAGCAUUCACGUGCGGCGGAAACAUCACUGGGGAGUCGGGGGUAAUCGGGAGCCAGGGAUACCCAGGAGUUUACCCUCCUAAUACCAAAUGUGUGUGGAGAAUCACAGUCCCUGAGGGAAAGGUGGUGGUCCUGUCAUUCCGCUUUAUUGACCUGGAGAGUGACAACCUGUGCCGCUAUGACUAUGUGGAUGUUUACAGCGGGCACGCCAACGGGCAGAGACUCGGCCGCUUCUGUGGGACGUUCAAGCCGGGAGCCCUGGUUUCCACGGGCAACAAGAUGCUCCUGCAGAUGGUGUCUGAUGCCAACACCGCUGGGAGUGGCUUCCUGGCCGUUUUCUCCGCCGCCCACCCACAUGAGAGAGGGGACCAGUACUGUGGAGGCAGAUUGGACAGGCCCACUGGGACUUUCAAAACGCCCAACUGGCCUGAGAAGGACUACCCAGCUGGUGUCACCUGCUCCUGGCACAUAGUGGCACCAAAGAACCAGAUUAUUGAAGUCAAGUUUGAAAAGUUUGAUGUGGAAAGAGAUAACUACUGCCGCUAUGACCACGUCUCCAUUUUCAACGGGGCAGAAAUCAACGACGCGAAGAGGAUUGGCAAAUACUGCGGAGACAGCCCCCCAGCGCCGGUGUUCUCUGAGGGGAACCAGCUCCUGAUUCAGUUCCUGUCAGAUCUCAGUCUCACCGCAGACGGCUUUAUUGGACACUACAAAUUCAGACCGAAGAAAUUCCCCACCACCACAAUACCACCCACCACUACAACACAGCCAGUCACCACCAGGCCUAUACCCCUGAAAUACUCUGUCGCCCUGUGCCAGCAGAAAUGCAAAAGACGGGGAACACUUGAGAGCAAUUACUGCUCCAGCAAUUUUGUAAUAACCGGGACUGUCAUCACAGCGGUGACAAAAGGAGGAAGUAUGUACGCCACUGUCUCCAUCAUCAACGUGUAUAAAGAAGGCAGCCUGGCCAUCCAGCAGGCAGGAAAGACCAUGAGCACCAAGAUCAUCAUCUUGUGCAAGAAGUGCCCAUUUAUUAGAAGAGGUUUUUUUUGUGUGAUCUCACCAGGUUUGAACUACAUCUUCAUGGGCCAGGUGGACGAGGAGGGCCGGGGGAAAAUCGCCCCGCAACACUUCGUCAUGGCGUUCAAAACGAAGAACCAGAAAGGACUCAACGUUCUGAAAAACAAGCGGUGCUGAGCUCCAGUAGCUCUGAGGAUCUCCGCGAGACUGGUGUGCCUGAGGCUCAGCGCUGGGGAUGGAAACAAUUAAGCGGAAAAAAAAACAACAAUCUCCAUCUCAACAACACAAACAGAGGCCACAAAACAAAAGUGAAUAUGGAUGCAGAGCUGCCAGCACAGAGCUCCAAAUAUACAUAUUUAUUCAAUUGAGGGGAACUCAGAUUUUUGUAUUUAUUAAUUCUGCUGCAGAUCGCAUGUCUUUAGAAUAAACAAGAAGACAUGAAGAGCUUCCACUCUGUCUUCUAUUAAGAGACCAGUCUAGUUAGUCUCUUUCACAACCUCAGAUUAAUCAGCAACAAAAUUAGUUGAAAUUUCCAUCCCUGUUCUCAGCCCGUUCAUACUCUGUGUAGUCACAUUCCUGUCAUGCCUCUUAGCAAGGAGUUGUACUGUAGCCAGGAACAGGAGCCUAGAACAGGGUGUACAGCAAUUCACAGACUCAUGUUUCAUAAGAUAAACGUUAAUCAGAUUGUUCUAAAUCCUAAGAUGUCAAAGAUAUUCCAUAUUUUGCCUUUCAAUUUUAUUUUCCUUUGAGGCUUUAGAGUGCAGUGUAAAUUAAGACUGGGAUUUAAUGUUAUUUAGUCUUCACUGAGCAACAGUAUCUGGCAGAAUAGUCUUAAAUAUCUCAAGCCUGAUUGGUAUUCAAAGGAGAUUUGUUACAGCUGAUUGUUGUAGGUUUAAAUGCAGAAAAGUAACCCGUUGUUAAUUUUCUGUGUUCACUUUUAAUGGGCAGGGUUAAGAAGUCUUAAAUGUGGUGAUUAAAGUGCAAUAUUUAAUAUAUACAUGAUUCUUUUAAGAUUUUUAUGCUGGUUUUAUGUGAAACGAACAAAGAUCUUCCUAGCUAAAGCUCUUCUCUUCAGUUUACAAAUGCAAACCACCACCACCAGUAUACAUCAUUUACUUACUGUCACUGUUUUUAAAGGAAGAGGUAUGAAAUGAAAGAUAUUUUCAUAUGAAAAAGUCUGUGAAUAUUAUUUAUAUUUUAUUGUUUUCAUCUGCCCAAAUAAAACUCUUGUAACGUU